AUACAGGCAUAGCUAUUUUCAGCAGUACGGUUUAUUUUAAUUUGUGCCGAUACUACAAGAUCUACCAUUGUUUGAAUCGGUCAACUCCUACUAGUACUGCAUCCUGAGCGAAUAUAUUUAAGAACGGCAAGCGGAGUGCUUUGAAAAUUGUAAAGACUGUGACAGGGCUCCCCCGCACUAACGAGCGUAGUUUGUAUCGGUGCAGAGAAGUGUGAAUGUAAGGUAUCGUGUAAUAGAGGGUUUUAGCAAAUAUAGAUAGCAUCAUUGCUUAAAUUAUUGAGCGACGAUGAAUGAAAAUGAAGUGAAGUAUUGUUCUAAUUGCAAAAGAGAAAUCCCAGGGGGAAAUUUCAUGAUGCAUAUAAUUCACUGUCAGCGAAAGCUUGCUCUUUGCCAGAAGUGUGAUGAGCCAGUUCCACAUAGUGAAUAUGCGGCUCACAAUGCGAAUUUUCAUUCCAUAGUCGAAUGUCCGGACUGUGGUCUUCAGUUGGAACAAAGAUAUUUGCAAGAACAUAAGAAUUCUUCAUGCUCAAGGCGUGAGAUUUGCUGCAGCUAUUGUCAUAUAGAGACAAAAGCUGGAGACCUUGCGGAACAUGAGAAUUACUGUGGUAGCCGAACAGAAAAAUGCGAAGACUGUGGAGAGUAUGUAAUGCUAAAGUAUCAGCAACUGCACAGAGACACAAAUCAUGGAUUCUUGAAACUGGAAGAUGAACCUGGUCCAGCACCAUCUUGGUUACAUUCUCGCAGUGUUCCUACUAGUGUUCUCAACGACUUGGGGCGACAGCGUAAAGUUUCAAAUGCCAGUCAGGAUGUUGUGAGGCCAACAGCCACUUCCAAUAGGCUGUCACCAAGUAAACGCACCAAUGACAUGCCACAACUUAAUUCAUCAACAGCUUUGAGUGCCCCCAAAGCAGUGCACAAACAAAGCAUUCAGAAAGGACAGGAAGAAGUUGAUAUUGAUCGUCUUCUGGCACUGCGGCUGUCUGAACAGGAACAGGAGACGACGUCUUCAUUACAACGUCAGCACACACCACCAUAUGAAAGAGACGAGACUGAAUUAGUGGCACUGCCAUGUGAAUUUUGCCAUGCCAUGGUUCCUGCCAAUCAGUUAGUUCUCCAUGAGACUGGUUGCGAGCCACAGCUGACAACGUAUUUGUCUCAGGCGACAUCAGUACCUAAAAAUAGAAAGAUGCCAGAACCUCAGGAUGAUGGGCUUCCUUGUGAGUUUUGUGGCGCUCUUUUCCCACCGCAUGCACUUCUUCAGCAUCAGGACAUCUGUGAAUCAUCCUUCUUGUCCGGUGACACUAUGUUUGUAAAUCAUCUCAGACCAGGAACAUCAUCUUCAAAUAUAGGUACGAAAAAGUUCUUGAAUCAGUCCAGUGAGCACAGACUUUUCCCACCAAGACGACAAACUUCACCAACUUCAAGUGGAGAAUUGGAUGAUAGAAACCCGUACCUCAUGGAAGUGCGAGCAGCUCUUCGAAGACCAAUGAAUAAUAUAUCUUCAGAACCGUACUCUAUGGCUUCUGUAAGUGAGAGGUCAGGAAAUGACUUGUCAUCAAGCCUUUUGAAUACUCGCACAAAUUAUACAAAUGGAUACACACGUCGAAAUGGCUCAACGGGAGCAGUUCCUAAGCAGAAGGCAGGGAAACGUUCUGGCAUGUGAAGUCAACAAAGAAAUAUCGUGCACCUCUUCCACCACGGUAACAUGUGUUCCUCGGAACAGUGUGUCAAGAAAGUGAGUGGUUAUAAACAAGAGCAUACACACAUGGAAAGAUUCUCUUCCAUUAUAUAGAGAAAUCAGGGUGUUGUGGGUGUGAAUUGGAAAUAAUAUUAUUAUAUGUGAUGGUAAAGUGUUGUUAACCAUGACGGACAUUAUAUACAAGCCUUUCGUUGCAUCAUAUACACAAGCGUAUUUGGCUGCAUUUAAGAACCUAUGUAGUGAGUCAUUGAUAUUUGUCUUCUUGGGACAGAGAACAGUUAGUAGUUUGAAGUGUAAAGCAGUUCAUAUUUGAUUAUUCCAUUUUGUACUUGCCUGUAUUUUUAAUAAUUCUGCCAAAGUUGUUGAUUAAUGUGAGUUGUGAAACGUUUUCAUAUUCAAGUCCCUCUGUCAAUUUUUAAACUUGACUGCCUCUGGACAUUGUGUGUGUUUUAUCAAACAGAAAGUGCUUUUCAUUAUAAUAAAGAACUGUGUGGUAAUUGUGUGACAGACAUUACUACCAGUUUAGAAUAACUGCUGUUCAAAUGCCAAUAAAGUGGAAGUUAUUGUAUCCCAUCAAAAAUUGUACAUGACAUUGUUGUUCCUGAUCCUUGUCUUUCAAAAUGUGGGAAAAUAAAGAUA